CUUCCAUCUAGUGCGCCGCGUGAGAUAUCGGCGGAGAUGGUGCGCGAUGGCGGACGGUGAUAGAUGUGCUCGGCAAUACAGCUCUUGGGGCUUCUUCCGCGAACCCCGAACGUCCAAGGCGUGGUAAUUCAUAAUAAUGCGGGGAAGGAAAGAUGGAGAGGAUCAAGGCUCGGUAAUAUCAAUCACAAAGAUCUGAAAUCGUUCGGCUGUUUUUGAUACGCGCAAACUCUUGAUACCAACACAAUGGCACCGUCACGGACAGACGACCCUCUCCCCAGUUUCAGUCAAGCCAGUAUUACUAGCGAAACGUACAAGGGCCCUCCGCGAAAUAUUGAAAACAUCAAUGCCAUCAAUUUCGAUAAAGCACUACAGCCCAAAGACUACAACAUUCUAGGGACGCAUCCCGAAUCAAAGAUUCUCUUCACCGAUGUGAAGAUCCUCGACUCUACCGGGAAAGAGCCAUACCAAGGUGAUGUUCUUAUUGAAGGAGAGAGGAUUACCAAGGUUGGCACAGUGCCGAAUGUCGAGAGUUUAAAGAAGAACCCGAAGGUCAGGGUGUUUCAUGGCCGUGGAAGAACACUCAUGAGUGGUCUUGGUGAUGCACAUACCCAUUUCACUUGGAAUGGAGGUGAUUUGAAUCGUCUUGGAGAGCUAGGAGUCGAGGAGCAUGUUUUGUUGACGGCAAGAAGUGCACAAUGCUACAUUGACUCAGGCUACACCAUGUGCUUCGGGGCUGCAUCUGCAAAGGAAAGGUUGGAUAUAGUAAUCCGUGAUGCCAUUAAUGCAGGCGAUAUCCCAGGUCCUCGAUACCUCGCGAAUGGGAAGGAGAUGGCUCGAAGAGAUGGAGACCUCGUGGCUGGAAUCACCGCGUAUGCUGAUGGACCAGACGAGAUGCGAGAGGUGAUUCGACAUCAUGUGAACCUUGGAGUGGACCAGAUUAAGCUCAGUAUGAGUGGAGAACAGAUUACCGAAAUCAGAUCUGCUCAGGAUUGCUACUUCACAGACGAAGAGACGGCAGCUUGCGUGGAUGAAGCACACGGACUUGGCAAGAGGCUUUGUGCACAUGCAAGAGCCAGGGAUUCGGUCAAGAUGUGUGUUAGACAUGGUGUGGAUGUCAUUUACCACGCUUCAUACAUCGAUGACGAGGGAAUGGAUAUGUUGGAAGCCAAGAAAACGAAACAUGUUGUUGCACCAGGAAUAAAUUGGCUCAUAGCUACUCUGAACGAUGCCGAAGCCUUUGGUUAUCCAAAAGAGAAGGCAGAACAGGUUGGAUAUAAGAAGGAGUUAGAUGCUGCGAUUCGAGGGCUCCGAGAGAUGCAUAGGCGGGGUAUCACUGUUCUCCCUGGUGGCGACUACGGCUUUGCUUGGACACCUCAUGGAACAUAUGCCAGGGAUCUCGACCACUUUGUCAGGCUGUUGGGUUUCACACCAAUGGAGUCUAUCAUCGCUGCUACGGCUGGUGUUGCAAAGUUGUUUAUGAGGGAGCAUGAAUUAGGUAAGAUCCAGGAAGGGUUCUAUGCGGACUGUAUUCUGGUUGAUGGGAAUCCACUUGAGGAUAUCACGGUUUUGCAGGAUCAUGAUAAGCUCAAUGUGAUUGUUAUCAAUGGGCGGGUACAUAAGGCUGGUAGGAAAGAGUAUGUCGCACCGCCAGUGGCGGGGCAAGAUGGAAAUAGUCAUGCAAUCGUGCCUGACUUUCCAGAAGUGAAGAAGGAGAUGCAGAAGAACUAUUGAAUGAGGGGUUCUUUGUGAAAAUUAAUGAAUGUAAUAUUUGACCUGCUAGGUGCUUGAUGAAGACCUGUCGUUUCUGUCGCAAGGGUAGUAUUUCCCGGCUUUCUUGUCACUAGCUUCGAUUAAUCAGAACUUCAUAGUAUUUAUUGUAUUGUAAAA